CCAGUCUUCAGGUAUGCUCCUCUCAUCAACAAGAUCACUCAGCAACCAUGAGGUGCCUUGUCUUUGUUCUGCUCGUCGGAGCCGCCUUUGCCACCGAAGACGACAAGAUCGUUGGUGGCUACGAGUGCACACCCCACUCGCAGCCCCAUCAGGUGUCUCUGAACUCCGGCUACCACUUCUGCGGAGGCUCCCUGGUCAACGAGAACUGGGUCGUGUCCGCCGCUCACUGCUACAAGUCCCGCGUGGAGGUGCGUCUGGGCGAGCACCAUAUCAGGAUCAACGAAGGAACCGAGCAGUUCAUCGGUUCCUCCCGCGUUAUCCGCCACCCCCGCUACAGCUCCUACAACAUCAACAAUGACAUCAUGCUGAUCAAGCUGAGCAAACCCGCCACGCUCAACCAGUACGUGAAGCCCAUGGCCCUGCCCAGCAGCUGCGCCCCCGCCGGCACCAUGUGCAAAGUCUCCGGAUGGGGCAACACCAUGAGCUCCACCGCCGACAAGAACAAGCUGCAGUGCUUGGACAUCCCCAUCUUGUCCGACAGCGACUGCAAGAACUCCUACCCUGGCAUGAUCACCAACGCCAUGUUCUGUGCCGGAUACCUGGAGGGAGGCAAGGACUCUUGCCAGGGUGACUCAGGUGGCCCCGUGGUGUGCAAUGGUGAGCUGCAGGGCGUCGUGUCCUGGGGCUACGGAUGUGCCGAGAAGGACCACCCCGGUGUCUACGCCAAGGUCUGCAUCUUCAACGAAUGGCUGGAAACCACCAUGGCCAAUUACUAAGUGAUCUGAGUGGAUCAGUCAAGUGUUCCAUCUUUGGCCCUGUACGAAAAAGAAGAAAUAAAGCAUUCUUUAAAAAUACA